AGUAUCCAAAAUUUGCAUUUUUUAGAUGAAAUGGAUGAGGGUAAAGAUGAAGAUGGCUCUCCAAAAGCAACUGCUCAUGAUCUCUUUGGUGAAGAUGUGGAUAUAAGUUCAGAUGAAGAAAAUAGGGCAAAUGCUGAAGAGAAAGUAAUAAAUGGUGAUCUUGAAAGAAAUUCACCUCGAGAUACUCAGGAAGAAGAGCAGGAAGAACCAGUUCCUGAAACAAGAAUUGAAUUGGAAAUUCCUAGAAUUUGCACUAAUCUUGGAAAAGAAGUUCAUUUUAUAAAGUUGCCAAACUUUCUUAGUGUGGAUACAAGGCCUUAUGAUCCACAGUGGUAUGAAGAUGAAAUUGAUGAAGAUGAAGUUUUAGAUGAAGAAGGUCGAGCUAGAUUAAAGCUUAAAGUUGAGAAUACUAUUAGAUGGCGUAAAGUCUAUGAUGAUGAUGGAAAUGAAGUAAAAGAGAGCAAUGCUAGAAUAAUCAAAUGGUCAGAUGGAAGCUUGUCAUUACAUUUAGGUUCUGAAAUAUUUGAUGUAUAUCGCCAAACUCUGAUGCCUGGAGAUCAUAAUCACAUUUUUAUUCGUCAAGGCACUGGUUUGCAGGGUCAAGCAGUAUUUCGAACUAAACUUACUUUCAGGCCACAUUCAACUGACAGUUUUACUCAUCGUAAGAUGACAUUAUCUUUAGCUGAUAGAAAUCAGAAAACUCAGAAGAUUAGAGUUUUACCUAAUGUAGGAAAGGAUCCUGAAGCGCAUAGAUGGGAGAUGAUAAAGCAAGAAGAAGAUCGUCUGAAAGCAUCCAUACGUCGAGAGAGCAAACAGAGGAGAAUGAAAGAAAAAUCUCAUUCUAGAAGUCUUAGUACAUCAUAUCUUGAACCAGAUCGUUAUGAUGAAGAUGAUGAAGGAGCUAUUUCUUUAUCUGCAAUAAAGAAUAAAUAUAAGAAGGGUGGUGCAGCCAUGAUGAAAGAACGACCUUCAAUUUACACAUCAGAUGAAGCAUCGGAUGAUGAAGCUAAAGCUAAGAGAUUAGAGCAAGCAAAAGAAGAUGAUGCAGAUGAUGAUAGUGACUUGGAUUAUUUUGAUCGCAAGAAAGCAGUGACUGAUGGUAAAAAGAAAACUGUUACAAUUGAGGAGAGUGAUGAAGAUGAUUAAUGUAAUUUGUAAAUUUCAUUAUUUAAAUUAAAGUCUGUACAUAGAGCAUUUUAAGAAUUAAAAAUUUUUUUGUGUAAAA